AUUUGAAUACAUUAACUCAUUCUGCCUGCGUACUCAUUUAAUUUUGGAGAAGGUGAAUCUUGCACAAAUAUACCCCCGUGGAAUAACGUCUCUGCAAAGAAACGUGGUUUUUUUUAAAUUAAUUUUUUGCAAACUCGACAGAUCCUUUAAAUAUUACCUUCUGCUGAAGGUAAUAUUUCUUAGCGCUGUAACAACACGUGGUAAAGAGUAAUCCGUGCAUUUGUUAUUUUUAAAGUGACAGUGAUGGAAUAUCACUUUAAAGAUAACGAGUGAGGAUAAUUGUUUAAAUUUUUGUAAGAUUUGACCUGAAUCGCGACUAAAGACUCUUUUGAUACGUGAAUUUUUAUGUGAAAAAGUUUAAGUAACAGGUAAGUAUGAUUCUUAUAUUGCAAGUUAAAAGUUAAUUAGGUUGUUACGACUCGGUCUACUUUUGUUCACGCACAAAUGUCUUCGGCGUUUGGUACUGGUGGCGAGAAACGAUAAUGAGAGAUUAUAUUAACCAAACAAAUUAUGUAUACUUUAAGUCGUUAUAAUUAUCGCUUGGAAUCUGUAAUAAAAUAUCUGGUGGAGGGGAGGGAAAGGUCUAUAGGGAUGUCUCGCGUGAUACUCAUGUCACGAGAGCCAGCACUUAAUAUCUGUUAUCAAAGUACAAACCGAAACGUUUAUAUUGUACACUCCUUAAACUACGUAAAAAUGCACCAAAAAAGUCUCUUGACGCUCUUUCAACUCGCGAAGCUGCGAGUAGAAUAAAAAGUCUAAUAUCUCUUAAGAUGUUAGAAUUACAUACAGCUCGAUCGUAGCAUGAACAAAGCUUCCCGGUGCUGUUCAUUGUUAUCACUCGUCCGGCAAGUCGAGAUAAUGGGCGAGCGGACGAAUGUUGAGAAGGAAUACUGAGAAAACGCAAAGAAAAAUGCAAAACGUAAACAAACGAUGGAGAAGUGUGCGGAAAGGGGAGAGUGAUCGUUCAAAUUAGAAGCGAAUUGAAAAGAGAAAAAUGGCACGGGAAAUGAUGCUGUUUAAAUGUUUGGCAUUGCAGACGCGGCGGCUUGCGGUAGCAGCGGUGAAUCGGCAGAUAAACCUGGCAGCGUUGCAAGCAAAACGCCAGCCGUUAGGCAAAAACGACACCUCUCCCCUGGAAGCACUGACGCACCGUCGUGCGCAAAGAUGCCCAGAAACCUCGACAGAGAGGGCCGCAAGAAUAUACCUCACCGAUUGGACGGCAGACACACACUCCGCUCCUCCUCUUCCUCCUCGUCAUUGGCGUCGUCGUCGUUGUCGUCGUUGGCGUCGUCAUCAUCGUCAUCAUCAUCAUCGUCAUCAAUUUUUACAUCACCGUCGUCAUUGUCAUUGUUCUCAUCAAAGCGUUUGCGACCGCAGCCAAUAUUAAUUACGCAGCAGGUGCUCAAAGUAUUCGAGAGCAGCUCCCGCACGCUUCGCAGCAGAAGUACGGGUGCGAGGUAUCCAGGUAGCGACGGCCGGCAAUCCGACUAUGAGGAAUCGUCGUCCGAUGGCAUGCUGUCCGCGCGAGGGGAUGCUAUGAAUCCACGCCUUGAUUGUGAACUCAAGGAGGUGCGGGUGAUGCUGUACGAUAUCAUGCGCAACGAUAAGUAUCGCAAAUUAACUGCAGCGGUGCCCGACAAACCCUCUCCCGUGUCAAGCAAGAACAUUAAGCUCUGGGAAGUGGAGAGGAUCCUGCAGAAGCGUGAACAGAAGAGACAGCCGUUCUAUCUAGUCAAAUGGAAGGGUUGGGGCGUUGAGUACAACACGUGGGAACCGUUGCAGAACCUCAUUAAUUGCAGGGAUCUACUGUGCGAGUUCGACAACGAGCAGCAGGAGUUGAUCGAUCGAUUCAAGGAGACGACGAACUAUUAUCCGGACUCGUGCGACGUCGCGAUCUUUCUGGCGCGUAACAAGAAGAUGUCGAUCGUUGAUGCCACAUCAGCCGCCACCGCCGCCGUUGCCGAGGGCGGCGUGUACGCCGAGAUACGACGUUUUCUCAAGUCGCGCAGCGCCAAGCUGGAGACGAAGAUCAAGCGGCAGAUACUGCGCAUGCUGCUGAUCGAGCUGCGGCGCGACCAGCUCGAGUCGCUGCAGGAUUGGGAAAACGAGAUGAACAGUAUUACGAAGGGCAAGCCGACGAUCCUGGUGGAGAACCUGGUAGACUUGGAGAGCGCGCCGCAAGACUUCUUCUACAUCGACAGCUACUUGCCGGGCGCGGGCGUCUUAAUACCGGACGAUCCGCCGAUCGGCUGCGAGUGCGAUGGCGAGUGCGGGACGGCCGGCAACAAGGUCGGCUGCUGCUUCGCGCAGAACGGCGCCACGUCGUUGGCGUACACGUCGGCGCGCCGGGUACGUGUACCCCUCGGCACGCCCAUCUACGAAUGCAACAAACGCUGCGCCUGCGACGCGUCGACCUGUCCGAAUCGAGUGGUGCAGCUAGGCACCGGCACGCAAUUGUGCAUCUUCCGCACGGACAACGAACGCGGCUGGGGCGUGCGUACCCGGCGUGCGAUCAAGAAAGGCACCUUCGUCAUCCAGUACGUGGGCGAGGUGAUCAGGAACGAGGAGGCGGAGAAGCGCGGUAGGCAGUACAACUUGACCGGUCGUACGUACCUCUUCGAUCUCGACUACAACGAAACCGACGGCCAGUGCCCGUACACCGUAGACGCUGCCAUGUACGGGAACGUCUCGCACUUCAUUAAUCACUCGUGCGACCCGAAUCUCGCCGUCUACGCGAUCUGGAUCAAUUGCUUGGACCCAAAUCUACCGGGCCUCGCGCUGUUUGCUAUCAAAGACAUAAAGCAGAACGAAGAGCUCACUUUCGAUUACUUAUGCCAGACACCGCGCGACAACGCUAAGGGACAACAGCCGCUAGACAACAAGCCGGAGGACAGCAAUGCUAGCUCAAAAAACAGGAUGCUUUGCAAAUGCGGCGCUGCGACGUGUCGGCGAUACUUGUUUUAAGGAGCAUGUCAUACCUUUAGCGAGUGUCAAUUGGUGUUGAUCUUCACUAACUCACUAUCUCUCUCAAUCGUCUUAUUUUAUAUAUAUAUAUAUGUGUGUAUAUUAUGGUCUGAAGAAGAAAAAUACAUUCAGGAUUAGUCAUGAGCGAAAUAGUAACUCGACCAAGUUAUAAUUACCCAAAACUUGGUCUGAGGUUAUUUUUCUAAAUUAAGUUAACUUGACGGUAACUGUCGUAUAUAUUUUCCAAGUUUUAACGUAUUAUUUAUACUUCUUUGAAUGCUGAAUAAUUAAUAAGUUAAAAUUAAUUGACAUUAUAAAAAUGAAGCAGUCUUUCAAACGGCAUGUAAUAAAAGACAAUUUUGAAAACUUACUAACUGAGAUAAUUACUAUUGUAUCUUGUCGUGUAACAUGCAUUAUGUUCAUAAUUCGCAGUUUAUGUGAAUAAUUACAAAUGGUUACAAGUUUUGAUGCCUGCCAGAUAAAUAAGACUUUAAAGUACAAACUGCAAAUCCUUAAGUUGUAAAGAGAAAAGUUUACUGUCGCGAGUAAAUUAGUGGAGAGUCGUGGAUGAGCAUAGAAAAAAAAAGAAAUGAUACUAUGAGUUUAACUGACAAGUAACACUACCCAAGUGUUACACGCUAAUUUUUUUGAAACUUUGCACACUUGUACAACUUCGAAAAAUAUUUAACACCUAUUUUUUUUAUUUGUGCUCAUAAAGCAUUUUAAGGAUAGAAACUACCCUCGAAAUAUUGAUCUUUUCAAUUCCAUGUACAGCAAUUCUAUUGUAUAUGCCAUGUACGUUAUCUCGAACAAUUCUUGCACCAGAAUACUAUCU